AGGCAGGAGGCGGCGGCGGCGGAGGCGGAGCUGGACUGAGCGGCAACUGUAGCGACAGCAACCGGAGGCGCCGCCGCCGCCACCACCUGCACCUGGCGCCCGGCCCAAGUCCAGCGCCCGCCCGGCCGCUGCUUCCCGCCGUCCUGCCGUGCCUACCCGCCAGGUAUUAUCAUUUAAUGAAAGCUUCUUGCCAGCAACUCUAUGAUAAAAAAUAUAAGUAACAGAGGAAACUAUAACUGUUAUUUGUCAAGUGGCAAGCUUUUAAUGUCAGAAUGGCUCACAUAAAGCGACUAGUAAAAUUACAUCUUAAAAGACAUUAUCAUAAAAAGUUCUGGAAGCUUGGUGCAGUAAUUUUUUUCUUUAUAAUAUUUUUGAUUUUAAUGCAAAGAGAAGUAAGUGUUCAAUAUUCCAAAGAGGAAUCAAAGAUGGAAAGAAAUAUAAACAAAAACAAGAUGUUUGAUUUAAUGUUAGAAGCUGUAAACAAUAUUAAAGAUGCAAUGCCAAAAAUGCAAAUAGGAGCACCUGUCAGGCAAAGCAUUGAUGCUGGUGAGAGACCCUGUUUGCAAGGAUAUUAUACAGCAGCAGAAUUGAAACCGGUUCUUGACCGCCCACCUCAGGAUUCCAAUGCACCUGGUGCUUCUGGUAAAGCAUUCAAGACAACCAAUUUAAGUGUUGAAGAGCAGAAGGAAAAAGAACGUGGAGAAGCCAAACACUGUUUUAACGCUUUUGCAAGUGACAGGAUUUCUUUACACCGAGAUCUUGGACCAGACACUCGACCUCCUGAAUGUAUUGAACAAAAAUUUAAGCGCUGUCCUCCCCUGCCUACCACCAGUGUCAUAAUAGUUUUUCAUAAUGAAGCCUGGUCCACGCUGCUUAGAACUGUCCACAGUGUGCUUUAUUCUUCCCCCGCCAUACUGCUGAAGGAAAUCAUUUUGGUGGAUGAUGCUAGUGUAGAUGAGUACUUACAUGAUAAACUAGAAGAAUAUAUAAAACAAUUUUCUAUAGUAAAAAUAGUCAGACAAAGAGAGAGAAAAGGUCUGAUCACUGCAAGGUUGCUAGGAGCAACAGUUGCAACAGCUGAAACACUCACAUUUUUAGAUGCUCACUGUGAGUGUUUCUAUGGCUGGUUAGAACCUUUGUUGGCUAGAAUAGCCGAGAACUACACAGCAGUUGUGAGUCCGGAUAUUGCAUCCAUAGAUCUAAACACGUUUGAAUUCAACAAACCUUCUCCUUAUGGAAGUAAUCACAACCGUGGAAACUUUGACUGGAGUCUUUCAUUUGGCUGGGAAUCGCUUCCUGAUCACGAGAGGCAAAGAAGGAAAGAUGAAACCUACCCAAUUAAAACACCCACUUUUGCAGGAGGCCUUUUUUCCAUAUCAAAAGAAUAUUUUGAAUAUAUUGGAACUUACGAUGAAGAAAUGGAAAUCUGGGGAGGUGAAAAUAUAGAAAUGUCUUUCAGAGUAUGGCAAUGUGGUGGGCAGUUGGAGAUUAUGCCUUGCUCUGUUGUUGGACAUGUUUUUCGCAGCAAAAGCCCUCAUACCUUUCCAAAAGGCACUCAGGUGAUUGCUCGCAACCAAGUUCGCCUUGCAGAAGUCUGGAUGGAUGAAUACAAGGAAAUAUUUUAUAGGAGAAACACAGAUGCAGCAAAAAUUGUUAAACAAAAAUCAUUUGGUGAUCUUUCAAAAAGAUUUGAAAUAAAGCACCGCCUUCAGUGUAAAAAUUUUACAUGGUAUCUGAACACUAUUUAUCCAGAAGCAUAUGUGCCAGACCUUAAUCCUGUUAUAUCUGGAUAUAUUAAAAGCAUUGGUCAGCCUCUGUGUCUGGAUGUUGGAGAAAAUAAUCAAGGAGGCAAACCGUUAAUUUUGUACACAUGUCAUGGCCUCGGGGGAAACCAGUAUUUUGAAUACUCGGCUCAACAUGAAAUUCGGCAUAACAUCCAGAGGGAAUUAUGUCUUCAUGCUGCUCAAGGUCUUGUUCAGCUGAGAGCGUGUGCCUACAAAGGUCACAGGACAGUGGCCAGUGGAGAACAGAUAUGGGAGAUCCAGAAGGAUCAACUUCUAUAUAAUCCAUUCUUAAAAAUGUGCCUUUCAGCAAAUGGAGAGCAUCCGAGCUUGGUGUCAUGCAAUCCAUCAGAUCCACUCCAAAAAUGGAUUUUUAGCCAAAAUGAUUAAGUGUUCCUUAAAAUUAAGGAGUUGAAAAAGGAGAUAUUCUUUCUCAUAAAACUGUGACUAGGCAUACACUGUAGUUUUUGAAAAUUAUGCAAAAGCAGCUAAUUGUAACUUAUUCCAAGUGCAUUUUUCUUAUUUAUAUCUUAAAAUGUCUAUGUAGCACUGCUACAGAAAUCUUUUAAGUUUCCGUUUCAAAGCACAAUAACUAAUAAUACCAAAGACUAUUUUGAAAUGUCCAGAUGUAGGGGAAGAGAUGUUUACAGUAUGAUGAAAAUAAUUUUCUAAGUAAAGUGAUAUAUGUGUGUUUUGUACACUUAAAGAUAUGCAUAGCUCCAUUCACACACUCACAAUUUAAAAUAUUUCUUCUAGUUUUUGGGGGGAGGGAGAAAGAUUUGAUACCAUAUUUUUUUAACUACGUAGAAAUGGAUCAGUGAAGGUCAAGCAUUGGCCUUUGUGUAUAAACCAGGAAAUUUUUAUAGAUCUAGAAUUUAUUAUAUAAAAAUGCAAGUAAACUUUUUUGCCUUUUGUUUACUUAUCUGUCAUAGGUUUCCUUAAACAUGAAAUUAAAUGAUUAAGGAGAAUAUUUUUAACACUUCAGUAUCUUGGCAAAUUUUAAAAUAUUUUUUAGUCUGAAGCCCACUUGACUUAAAGCACUUAAAUCUUGCUUAAAAGAUAUUUCUUAAAUAACUAUACUGUGUGUUUUCCCAAAGCAAUAUUUAAAAAAAAAAAACUGUAAAGUACUAUCUGUUGAAAAGGUGUCUUUUUCCUUUCUGCUAGUCCUUUUUUCUUACCAAAUUCACUAAUCUUGAAUGUUUGUGAAAUUGAAUUUCAAAUGCAGAAUACUUGACUCAUUUAAAAGCUAAAUUUUAUUUGUUACUGAUUCAAUUUAGAUUGUCUUUGUAAAAGAUUUUUUUCAUCAAAAAAAUCCUUCUAUGUGGAAAACACAAUAAAAUGAAUCCUUAUCACUGUUGUAA